AUGGGUGGUGCUGGUAAUUAUAUUUCAUCUCAUGCUAGAGGUGGUGACAACACUUUUGCAGCAAAAGAAAUUUCACCAUAUUUAAUAUCUUUGAAGAAUAUAUGUCCACCUAUUGAGAAGAAUGAAACCACAAAGAGAAAAAAUUUAUAUGUGGCCAGUGAUAUUAAUAGAGAAUAUGAAUCCAUGAAAGUGUUUCUGGAUAAAUUUCCUUGUCUAAAAAUGCUUUCUGAUUUCGAAGAUCAGCUUGAACCUUAUGAAAGUCUCAUAAACCCUGUAGAUAAUAAAGUAAUGAGUCACUUUUUAAUACCUUUAACUGAUCUUAUGGUAGCUGCUAAUGGCUAUGAUGUAUUUACAAUUGAUAUCAGUACUUAUGGUAUUUAUUUAAAAAGAUAG